AUGAGUGCGCGGCGCGGUACUCGCUUGCGCCGCAAGCCCACGCCUAUCUAUCAGCUGGAGGACACGCGCGUCACUGCUGACGAAGGUAAAGACGGUGCAGAAGAAGACGAGAAGAACGCACUCCUUGCCGAUGAACGAAGCGAGGAAAGCAGCGACGACGAGCAACAGAGCAACGACGACGACGAGUUUACGCCAUUCGGCACAAGAGCUACGAGCACCCCUAAGGCAGCUCAAACGCCACGUGCUAAAGCAAGAUCCAGUCGACGGAAGCGCUCGCCGUGGAGUCAAACGAGGAGCGUGCGGUCAACUCAAGAGAGCAGACGGGGCAAGCAGCGAAGUGCUGCAGCAACAGUGCAAGCGACAGGGAGCGCCGCUGCAUGUCAAGCAAGUGCCAACGACCAAAAUCGUGAUGAUGGCGUCCCGUUAUUUGAGGCUGUUCGGAGUGGCAAAGCGCCACUGGAGAAGCUGCUGAGCGAGUGGCACGAUCGCUUUGAGCACGACGAGGACAAGGCGACGAGGAAAGUACUGGAGUUCGUGCUGCAGGCUUGUGGAAGCACUGGCCUGUGUCUUGAUCGGUCAGUUUCACUAGCUGGAUUGGAUAUGGAAAACGUGGUGAAUCGCAAACAAGAAGACUUAGAAAGCGCAAACGGAGAGUAUUGGAUCAUGUCUCGCGGAAGAGGUAUCAAGAAGUCGCAGCGUACUUUUGAGGAGUUCUGGGAAGCAUUUGUAAGCGAAUGCUAUGAAAGCGACAUCUUGUUUGCUGCUGAUGUGGCAAAGAAGAUGAUUGACUGGUUGACGACCUUAUCGAGCUCUGAACUUCGGCCUAUACGACACACGUGUACUGUUGCUGUAUUAGCGCUGGGCGCUGCGUUAGUGCGCACGACAGCGAGUAUUUCCGAACAACUGGCGAUUGCAAAGAGACAGCUCAAGGCAGAGACAAACUCGCCUGUUACGACUACACCUGGUACUCGCAAAAGCCUGAAUGUUCGUAAAGUGGCUUUUUUAAAGGAUAAUGAGGUGCUCUAUGAGAACCGGCUACAGCAGGUUCUGAAGCUCGUCAAUUCCAUAUUCACCGAAGUAGUGGUACAUCGGUAUCGCGACGUGAUGCCGGAGAUACGUGUGGUGAGCAUACAGUGCCUAGGCCAUUGGAUUACCACUCUACCCGACCAGUUUUUGAAGGAUAAUUUUCUGAAAUAUCUUGGCUGGUGCUUGAGCGACAAAGCAGCUGUGGUUCGCCUCGAAGUGGUUGCGAUAUUGUGCGAGUUGUACGAGAAUGAUACAUUUACGGAAAGAUUGGAGCCAUUUAAUUCUCGCUUCUUACCCCGUUACAUGGAACUCUGCAACGAUGUGGAUGACGCUGUCGUUGAGGAAAGCAUCCAUCUCCUUAUUGCGAUCGACAAGCACAAUCUCAUCAGCUCUGACGUUGAGCUUGCAGCUGUUGAAAAGCUUGUGUUCGAUGCUGAGCGUGAUAACAUUCGUAAAGCUGCUGCUGAGUUUGUAUGCCUUCAGUACGAUGCAUUCGGCGUUGCUGUUUCAAAGACGAAGAACGCGCAGUUGAAGAAAGAACAACUUAAUACUCAAGCAAUCGCUCUGGUAGAAUUUGCGGAGGAAUAUACCCAAAACCAUGGUGUACCAGAGAGCGCAGUGGAGACGCUUGUGGAUGCUUUUUGGGAGUUAGAUGAUUGCCCCGUGCUUCAGGACUGGAGGCUGAUGACUGAUUUGCUUCUAGUGGACAAGAGCGCGCCAGACCUGAGCGGCGAGCAGCAGACUAUCUUGCUACGGCUUCUUGUUGCGUCCGUACGCAAGCUGGUGGGAAAUGGUGCAAACCGGGGGGCUAGUGCCGCUGCAAAACGAGAAUCAGAGCAAUUGCAAGAAGAGAUCACUGUUGCGUACUGCAAAUACAUUCCUAGCUUGUUUGUUAUGUACCAAGCAGACUCCGACAAGCUGUCGUUGCUUUUACAGCUUAUUCCGAUGUUGUCGCUGAAGAGUGAGAUUAUUGGCCAUCACAGCAAUCACAUCAAAGAGCUUCUCGGGAAACUGAAGCACGCAUUCUUGUUACAUUCUGAUGAGGAGCUGCUAUCGAGUUUGUCGCUUUCCAUAGCACAUCUACUUCGGACAGAGCAUACUUCACUGAAACGGGAAGUUGAAGUGACCAUGCACGAGCUAGUCCAAGAGGUUAUGGAUAAAACUGAUUGGCUUUUGGAAUCCGAUUUGAAGCUGCACGACACGUUUGCGACUACCAGUGAUGGUGCGUCUACACCAAGAAACAAACGGGCCAGGAGUAACAAGAAGAGUGCAACGGUCAAGGAAAUGUCGGACGUCGAGUACGCCUUGCGCAUUGCUUUGUGCCGGCUCAAGUGUCUGGUGAGAUAUGUGAAUGUUCGGGGCCAUCUUCCCCCGGACUUAUCAUCUAUGCUGGGAAAAGAUAGCCAAACGUCUGCUUCAGAUCCACAGCAAGGGCGAAUGGAAAAGCUUGUUAUGGCGAUUGGCGAGUUAAUGUGUCGGCGUACCAAAUCGGUCUCCGAGCUACACGAAGAAUUUCGUCAUGUCGGCACAAUCACGCACGGUUUGACAAUAAUGUUUUUCGAUUUAUUGUGGAUCACCUUGCCGAUAUUUGAGACUGUUGCAGAAAAAAAGGCACGUGACUCCUCAGAAAAUGCGACUGAAGUUGCCGAAACCGCGGUAGAUCUUUCUACUCAGGUCCAGAUUCAGAAAGUAUGCCGAUCGCGAGCUACGCUUGAGGAGGCGUUGAUUUUGGUGUUGGAAAUGCACUUGGCUAGACCUAAUAAAGUAUGCGACGACAAGCAGACGCGAAAUGAAGAAGGUUCGGAACAUCAACUUGUGGAGUCAAUGGAAGAAAUUGACUUUGAAGACGAGGAAGUGGCUGCAUACGUAAAUGACGCUCAAUGUUUCGCAUUCACUACAUUUUGCGAUGCGCGGUGUUUGUUUGUAGAAAAGUUUCAGGAAGCAACAGCACCGUAUAACGCUCUGGAUUGGGACUUGCCGAAAGUGCUCAUUUUGCUUACGCAAAUGUAUUUCGAGAGGAAGAUGGAUGAAGCCGAAGAGGAAGAGCCGGAAUUCGAAGCUGACUUGGAACCGAACGAUCCCAAUAUUCUGAAGGAAAAAACGAGUGCUAUUCGCGAGUGGGACCAAAAGCAGCAACGGAAAGCUGAGCUGCUGGUUGCGCUUGGCCGAGUUUCACUUUGUAACCCAAGCAAGAAACAUCAGGCUGCGGCAGUUCUGCAGUACUUCACAUCGAGGGGCAAGCUGAGUGUGGAGGUGGUAAAGGCCUACGGAAAGCAAGUGAAAUCAGAUGCUCCCGUGCGUUACCUUGAAAUUCAAAUGACAUCACUUCGCCAACUAUAUAGCUCGAUUCUUGUGUGGCAGCAAAACAUUGAGGCAGCUGCAUCAGGAAACGGCUGCGACCAGGUUUUAGAGGAAGAAGACCUGCAGGACAAGGUGGAUGGCGGCAAACAGGAGCUAAAAGAGCUAGCAAGAAGGUUCAGUCAGUCUCUCGGUGUCGGGAAGAUUCCAGCAUCGCUGCGUGUGCCGUUUUUGCGCUUCUUACGUGAAGGCGUUCGCUAUUCUCUGGAGCAGCCGUCGCAGUUCGAGUUCUUGGAAACCAUGCGCGUAUACCUCUCGCAUUUGGACAAGUCGGGUAUGGUACAGUUGAGCAAUUAUUUUAUGGACCGACUACAAAGAGUCCGCGGUACACAUGACGACAGUGGAGACCUGGAUCCUAGGUGGCGGGCUGUAUCAGACUUUCAGUCAUCCAUUGCCUCUGGCAGCGUUGCGAGAGGAGGGACACGAGUGUCAACUGAAAUCAUGCACUCGCCUCCGUUGAAAAGUAGAGUGCGGUCUGCGAGCUCCGAGCCUACACCAAUGCAGACGACGUCCAUUGCAGAAGAGGGUGAGGAGGAGGAGGCGAACACACAUGAUGCAGAAACCGGACGAGAAAGAGCUGCUGGUGACCAAAAUGAUUCAAUGAUGAUUGCAGGCGGUAGUCCAGUCGAACAUCAUCAUCGACAAGGGCCACCAGUACAUGAGCGCACUACUGUGGCUGACUACGACACUAAUUCGACGCAGUCCUUGCAAAAUCGAAAGCGGCGUCAAGGCGAUCGCAACGAGAGUCCGGGCGGUAACAGCAAGGUGUCUGAGCACAGCAAAGGUGACGAUGAGCAUCGCAAUGAUUCCGAACAUGAAGAUAGUGUGGCGUUAUCUCGAAACGACCAGGAUGUGUCGUCAUUUGAGCGCAGAGGGGCGCUCGAUAGUCAGAAAGAGGCAGAGGAGAGCGCGGGAAGAACUCGGCAUAAACGACGUCGAGCGUGA